AUGACAUCCGCGUCCAAAAUUACGGGGUUAUCUAUAUAUAUCAAGUUGGUAUUCCAAAACCUUAUAUAUAUAUAUAAAAGAUACAGCGCCAUGCUAAUGUAGAAUCUAUUAAUCCACUUAACCGAUGUUGAAUCCGACUAUGAGACUUUUGAGUAUUUUUGUUCUGGCAUUACUGGUGAUGUUUGAUUUAGCCUUUGCCUUAAUCUGUGGAAAUAAAGAAUACGACAACUCAACAGAAACAUGUUGUAACGGAACUGUGACGUCAAAACUCAAUUUAGAUAACUUAUAUUCAAUUGAGUGUUGUAAAGAUCAGACUUAUGACACGAGAUGGAGUCUUUGCUGUGAUGGUGUCCUCCACACUGACAAAAGUCCCGACACGCAUAACUGCAGUGGGACGAAUGUGUACCGUCUAAAACAGGAGAAUGGUAACUUAUUAACUAACAGUCAUUUGGACAGAACAACAGUUUCAGAUGACACUAAAGCAAAACGGUUUCUGAGAGUAUGCGGUGUUGCAAACAAAUAUGACCCUAAACAAAACAUGUGCUGCAACGGAACCUUGUAUCCAUUUAAUGUUGACAUUUCAUGUUGCGACAACGCUGUCUACAAUAAAAGAACCCAAUUAUGCUGUGGAGGACAACUAAGACCUAGAUCUGUGCUCAAUGAAUCAGUGGAGUGUUGUGGUACCAGUCCAUACAAUAGUAAAGAGAGUUUGUGCUGCAAUGGCUGUCUCUACGAAAACAAAAAUCCAGAAAAAUACCACUGUUGUGGAUCGAAGCCGUACACAUUUUAUAAAGACAUGUGCUGCAAAUCCGAAGUGUACGAAUGGUCCGAUAAAUCUCUCUGCUGUGGAAAUCGUACGUACAAUAGAGAUUUACAGUAUUGUUUUAACAAGCAAGAGAUUUUGGACAUACACGAGAGUAAAUGUAAUGGAGUCAAAUAUGACACCAGAGAGAGUGUAUGCUGUGGAGACACCACCUUACAUCCGUACAGCAACAAUCAGCGAUGUUGUGGUUUUGAGAUAUUCGAUAGAAGGUCGCAUGACUGUGUAUAUCACCACAUAGUGACAAAAGGCAACUCGUGGUGUAAUACCGAGGGGGAAUAUAAUACCACGACACAUGCUUGUUGUGAAGGUCAUCGUAAAGAAAAAACCGGGAAAUCGUGGCUUUGCUGUGGAAAGGACAUGAUAAACUAUAAUGUAGAAGACUGUUGUGGAGGAAAGAUCUUCAACAUAAGGAACCACCAAUGUUGCAGUGGCCAAAUUUUAAAAAUGGAGGACGUGUGCUGUUCGGGACAAAGAUUAAAUCAAACUACACAAGUAUGCUGCGGUAAAACCCUUUUCAGAAAGCAGGAAAUUGUACAAAAGAGUGCUUCUUAUCAUGACAAGUGUUGUCCAACCCUUGGAGGUGGGGUGUCCUACGACUCUGUGAACUUUGUUUGUAAUUAUAACGACACAGUUGUAAACAAGUCGCUGCUGGAUCCAUUAUGUAAAGGACAGAGAUAUGACCCUAAAAAAGAUCUUUGUUGCAACUCCAAAUUGUUUAAAAAUGCGUUAAAAAAAGGAUGGUCAUGCUGCCAUCCAAGUGCUUCUAUCUACAAUUCAAAAAAGCAUGUGUGUUGUUCUGGUGUUCGAAAAAAGGGAAAGAGUUGCAGGAAGCCAAGGAAUCGUAUACGAUGUCCGCGUAGAUGCAAGCUCAAGAAAUUGAAUUUGAAGAGAUAUUGCAAAAGAUUUCUAAGUAACACAGGUCGUUUUGAAGUAAUACGAAAUAUAAGAAGACUGAUAAAGCGCAGUAAGUCAUGCCGCUGUGUGUACGCUGAGAGACAGAAAAAAGCAUGUAAAGGCAAACAAUGUGUUUCAAUUAAAAAAGUCAUUGGAAUUUCAGUGGAAGAAGAAAAUACUACUACCCUUUAUAUCAAAAGGAAAAAGGAAAAUUUCGUUAAACGUGUUUGCAAACAGGUGUAGUCAACAAAAAAAAGAGCAGAACUCUUUAAAAUAUCUUUCUAACUAGAGUAUUGCAAUGCAAUAUUUGAAUUCUGUGUCGUUGCAUUUAGUAAGGUUUUUUUUAUAUGUUAGAUAUGAUACACUUUAUUUAAAGUCAGCACGUAGAUAAAAAAAAACCCACAAGCUCUAUUGAGCUUUUGACUGAAAUUAUUAACAAACAAUGUAAUUAACAGUAUAUAAGCAUGCAGCACUAUAAACAUAAAAUGACAUCACAAUAUUGCAGCAUAAAAUUACAUGAAUAAGACAGCAUAUACAGGUACCUGCAAGACACGUGUCAGAUGGUGGCACAGUCAUAUUUAAACGAUAUAUCUGAAGAAAGGUCAUGUAUAAUUUGAGAACCUUUUUCUGACCUCCAUGGAUGGCAGUUUUGCUUUGUGUAAUUAUGAUUCAAAAUAUAAAGGGGCUUUAGAAAUUAUUAGGAAUAAAAUGAAAGGCUCUUUUACAAAUAUUUUUUGGGAUUUUUUCUUUUAGCAAAAUUGCCACACGAGAGGACAGAAGUUAAAAUUUGACGGAAUAAAACUAUAAAAUAGGAUGGUUGUGUUUGCCCGAGUUAGUACUGAACCGAUACGUUUUAAAACAUUUAUUUUAAUUGUCAGGCAGCUUUUUUGCAAAUAUUGCAAUAUGAACAUAGCAUUUAAGCAUAGAAUCAAUAUCAAUACCUAAUAAUUUAACGGAUUUUUCAUUGUGUAAGAUAUUAAUAGAAGUGUUAAAAUCCGUUUGCUGGCAGGCCAAAGUAUUGCUUUUUCAUAAUGGUCCAAUGACCACUUUAUAAAAUCAAAAAUGUGAUUAUAAAAACA